GUUUGAUGCAGGUUAAAGGAAAAACUACAUGACAACAGAAUGUUGGAAGGCAAAGUAGUGUUUUGCAGCUUUAGCACAGAGAAGGGAAGAUCCCUAACUUGUCACUGAUGCAUAGUGAUGAUGCUUCAUUCUUUUCUUAUAGAAGCACCCUCAGUUCCAUAUUCAACCAUUCUGCAGAUUCCUCAGUGUUUCUCUUGCUAUUUAAGUAUCAUUUGCACGAAUUUCUUUCCACCUGAAAAUGGGUUUAAUAAUAUUCCCUCUCUCUGCCAAACUGUGCUGCAGAAAAUUAAUUUUAAGCUCCCAUCCAUGUAUACCUCAACCAAGUCAUUUCCAUGGCCUUCACAUUCAUAGUGAUCCUCUCACACCAUCCCAUAACUCGAUUACCAGUUGUCGUCGACCCGGAUUUUCGUAUAAAUCAUGGAUUUUCAGGAGGAAGAAGGACCUGCUGGUAAAGCCAUUAGCCGCUAACAAUUCAUCGUCGUUGGGAAAGGAGGAGGAUCACCAGGCUCUUGAAGCCGUCCUCAAGCUUUAUGCGGCAAUAAAGAACAAAAAUCUCCGGGAAUUGUCAGAUAUUCUUGGAGACGAAUGCGGAUGCAUCUGCAAUUUCUUCCCGUUUUGCCGGGGGUUCCAGGGCAAGAAGCAAGUUCUGGCAUUUUUCUCCUAUCUUAUCAAGACCUUGGGGAAUAACAUCGAGUUCGUGGUGCAAUCGAGCACCCAUGACGGAAUGAGCGUCGGCAUCACGUGGAAGCUAGAAUGGAACAAGAAAACUAUGCCUCUAGGAAAAGGUUUCAGCUUCCACAUAUGCCAGAUAUACCAAGGAAGGGUGGUAAUAAGGAAUGUAGAGAUGUUCAUGGAAUCAUUUUCUCACAUGGAACUCUUCAGAUUGAGGAUGCUGGGAUUUCUGAUGAGCAUGUCAGAGAAGAUGAGUUCCUACAUAUCUCCCAAGAGGGAAUCAAAGAGGGCAGGGUUCAUUGUUUUGCUUGCUCUGCUUUCUUUAGCGGCAAUUUUUGUAUUACUUCUGAAGCUCAUAUUUCAGUAGGCAAUGCAAAAAUAAGAGAGAUUCUCAAUUUUCUCUCUCUUUCUUUUUCGUUCUCCUUUCCCAUUGUAUCAGAAGGAACUAAAAUCUCAAUUUUUUUAGGGGCACAAGGGACAAUAAUGAA